AUGUUUGGAGAAUCCGCUUUUGCGGAUACUUUACUCAAAUGUAAAAUAAAAGAUAAGAAGUGUCAAAUGGAGUUUAUGCAGAAAAUUAUAGUGGAUAUUUCAGAAACUGGUGCGCUGGAGAUCGGUAUACCACCUAUAGACCCCUUUAUGUUAACAAAUAUAAGCGUAAAUGUGCUUAAUUCUAUCGAUAUUACUUUGAAGGAAGGCCAUGCCAAAGGUAUUAAGAACUGCAUAAUUGACAGAUUCGAGCACAGUCUGGAAAAUGAACGAGCAUAUUUGGAUAUGACGUGUAAUAUUACCGUGAAAGGGAAAUACAAAGUGUUUGUAUCGAAUAAUCUAUUCAAAGAUAUUUUCAAUGGAGAAUCAUUGCGUGGUGAAGGAAAUGGAAAAGUUAAAAUUGAAAAACUGAAAGUAAAAUUUGAUUGGUCCUACUCUAUCCAAAAACGAAAUGGAGAGAUCUAUAUCAAAUGUAAGGCCGAUAAAACAAGUUAUAAGUAUGAAAUAAUGGGCAACAUGUUGUUCGCUGCUGACAACCUUUAUAUAGGAGAUGUCGAGUCCAGUAAGGUCGUAACCGGACUAUUGAACGAAAAUUGGAAAGUUCUUGUGGUCCCAUUCUUACAGCCUUUUAUGGAUAAAGCCAUGGAGUACAGCUUGGACUAUCUGCACAAAUUCUUUGACAAUGUCCCUCUGAAACACUACAUAACCGAUGACUUAUCUGCUUAUGCAAGACACUGA